ACGUGGAGCUCCUUCUUGUGCAAUUUUCAAACGCAGCCUCGCGGUUUCGCAGUGGUUUCUUCUUGGUACUUACGUGUAUAAUCUUGAAAGAGCAGAUCAUGAACGGACAUAAUAUCGACGAGAAAUUGAUGGUGUUUUUUGAGAGUUUUGUUUGAAAACCGUCCUACUUCAUCUUCGUACAAGAGACAUAGCGGGACUUAUCUCGCCCACUUCAUCAUCUACUUACUUCCCUCACUAUUACAAUUCGUGAAUCAAAAUGGUCUCCGCGUUUGCAUAUUUCGCCGCCGGUUGUUUCUGGGGCGUGGAGUUUCUCUUUGAGAAGCUUGACGGCGUGAAAACCGUGGAAUCCGGAUACAUGGGGGGCGCUUCCAAAAACCCGAGCUACAAACAAGUGUCCACCGGCAGGUCGGGGCACCUCGAAGCGGUAAAGAUAGAGUACGACCCGGCAGCGAUUUCGUACGCGGAGUUGGUAAAAUUCCUGUUUGAAAUUCAUGACCCUGCGCAGGUGGACAGACAAGGCCCGGACGUCGGCCCGCAGUACGCGUCAAGGAUAUGGUGGAGCAGUGACGAAGAGCGCCAAGACAUCGAAUUCUUCGUGCGCCAGCUCGAGGGAAAGGGAGUGAAGGUAUACAUAGAAGAAUUUGACAUAUUUUUUCUAUUCCUCCUGCUGCGAAUGUACAACUCGGCAUGAAUAGAACUUCUGUAGCUUGUAAUUUUGAUGAAACACGGUGACUUUUGCGUGGGAACCGAACAAGUUUUAGAAGAUUAGCUAUGUGAUCAUUUUUAUCAGGUCGCGACCACUUACAAAACGCACCGAGCCCAGGACCACACAUUUUGGCCGGCUGAAGAAUACCACCAGAACUACUACGAGGGAAAUGGACACACACCGUACUGUCAUGCGCACAAGGACAAGGGAUUAAGUUUUGACAGCCACCCACGGCGGUCUUUGUUGAAAGGGACGGACACUGACACUGAACUGUAAAUAGGAUGAUUUUAUUUCGAAUGUCUGCAGUUGCUAUUUGACCAUGUAAAACAAGUGCACUGUACACGUGGAGACGCGCAUCAAAGUAACGACGCUGACCGAGUUUUGCGCACAUGUGUGCUGCGAAGGUGGUGAUGUCAAGUUUCUGUUAUCUUAUUCAGGAACCCUGUUUUGCC